AUGUGGCAUGACUGGGUGAAAAAAGGGAUAAGAAAAGAAGGAUUUUUCUUUCCUCAUUUUCUGCUCUUCAACCUGGAUUAUAACAAUGGGUUUAGUAAAGUAUUAUGCAAUGGUGCCCUCAUGCCCAAACAACAAGCACUUCGAAUGCAAAACACAGGAUCAAUACAACAAACUGAACAAAUGUAUGUUGAUAUUCUAAUGGAGAGACGACAAAAACUCAAAAUGCCACACUCAGCAAAAUUAGACCAGAAUGUUCUGAAGCAGUAUAUGAACAUCCCUAUCCCUGGUGACAAGACACAGGUCAUGUAUAUAUGGAUCGAUGGAACUGGAGAAGGCCUUAGAUGUAAAACUAAAACAAUGGAUGAAGAGCCCAAAAAACCAGAUGAUUGCCCCAUUUGGAACUUUGAUGGUUCUAGCACGGGACAGGCAGAGGGCUCUAACUCUGAUGUAUACCUCUACCCUGCUGCCCUUUAUAAGGACCCCUUCAGAAUGGGCAAAAACAAACUUCUAUUAUGUGAAACCUACAAAUACAACAAAACUCCCACAGAGACAAACAAGCGUGCAACUUGUAAGAAAAUCAUGGAACAGGUCAAGGAUCAGAAGCCUUGGUUUGGUAUGGAGCAGGAAUACACUAUGUUAGACCAAGACAAUCAUCCAUUUGGCUGGCCAAAGAAUGGAUUCCCAGGACCACAAGGACCUUACUAUUGUGGUGUUGGAGCAGAUAAAGUAUAUGGAAGAUCUAUAGUAGAGGCUCACUAUCGUGCUUGUCUGUACGCUGGUGUCAAAAUUGCAGGAACAAAUGCUGAAGUAAUGCCUGCUCAGUGGGAGUUCCAAGUUGGACCCUGUGAAGGUAUCACCAUGGGAGAUGAUCUCUGGAUUGCUAGGUUUCUCCUCCAUCGUGUUGCUGAAGACUUUGGCGUCAUCAUGUCCCUAGACCCCAAGCCAAUGCAGGGAGAUUGGAACGGAGCUGGCUGUCACACAAACUACAGUACUGAAAAUAUGAGGAAAGACAAUGGAAUCAAGGUUAUUGAAGAAGCAAUAGAGAAACUCUCCAAAUGCCAUAUGAAGCAUAUCAAGGCAUAUGAUCCUAAUGAUGGUGAAGACAACAAACGCCGUCUUACAGGUUUACAUGAAACAUCUAGUAUGACUGACUUUUCUGCUGGCGUCGCAAACCGCGGCUCAAGUAUCAGAAUCCCCCGUCAAGUUGGGGAAGAUGGCAAAGGAUAUUUUGAGGACAGAAGACCAUCUUCAAAUUGUGACCCAUACACAGUGACCGAAUUAAUGUGUCGUACAACAAUUCUCGGUGAACUAUAACAAGAGCAAAUAAUUGAAAAAAUAGUCUUUUAGUGUUAUAAUAUUUUUAUGAAGACAAUUAAAUAGCGAAAUGAUAUCUUCUAA